CACUAUUGCCCUUGUCCUUUGGUGAAGAUGAUCUCAGUGGUAUGCUGAGAAUUGCUAAGUAUGGUGACAGGUUUCGUUUUCACAAAAUCACAUGGGUAUCUAAUGAUGUUGUAGGUGUAUCGGAUGAGCAGAAUAUGUGUGUACUGCGUAAAUGUUGUGUUUCGAUGUUCAGUGGCCAUAUUGUGCCUUCCCCAGAUGACAAUGGUAAACUUCCACCUUUAUGGACAAGGAAGGAGCCAAGGAUGGACAGAGACAAGCCCCAUCAAGGCCACCAAAGCGAAGUGUGACCCAGGAUCGGAAAUCUCCUCCUCCAUCUUUCCGGUGGAAUCUUGGGAAAAGGGAAGUGUGCGUUCUGCCAUAGAGCGGGUUAGAUGUUCUGCUCCUGCCGGCCGCUCACUUUCCAACCCGUCUUCAACACCAUCAAGACCCAUCGAUCCUCAUAGCCAUGCCUCCUAAAAGGAGAACGAGUGCCGCAAGCGGAAAUGCCGCGCAGAGCAAGCAACAGCCUCCAAAGAGAUCCGCCUUGUCUCUGCUAGAUACCGACAGCGACGACAAGAAACCGGCACCAAAGCGAUCCGUGAAGCGGGUACGGAAGACCCAGACCCAACCACGAACUAAACUUAGCAGCCAUGGGCAAGAAGAUGAGGAUGCAGAUGAGAAUGGGAGUGAUGAUGCUGGUGGGGAUAUUCCACAUGUGCAGGUUGCGAAUAUCAAUCGCAAACGGAGCAAGCCUCGUAAUGCACCGCCAGCGACGGUUGAAGAGUACUUGAUGGAGCAGAAUCAGCAGGCCAAGGAGUUCUUGAAGGGCUUCAAGGCGGAGCUGGUGGAAAGCCAAACUCAGGCGGAGGAGAGUUUGAAGACGUUCAAGCAGGAGUUACACAACGUCCAGACGAACGACAACGAGAAAGAUUUUCGCAAGGUUUAUGCCACCCUGAAGGCAGCCACAUCGGGCAAAACGAAGAAUUCCAACGAGCUCAAGGAAAUGAAUCCCUUGUUCACAAAAGGGGAAAAACUCAUCAAGAUAUGCCGCGAUAUCCUCCAACGCCACCAAAUCGCUGUCAGAGACUCGCAACAAGACAAGCCAACUGUGCCACGAGAGAUCUGGGAGCAGGACCACCAAAAGAUGCGACAGUUGCUGGACUACGGGAAGGACUACGGACAGAAGUUGGUGGAGGGGAUCAUCAGUCCCGAUGUAAAAGGUGAUGAUAGUCCCACCCAGGAGAAGGAGAAGGAAGCCGGCUUGAGUGAAACUGAGACACUUGCUAUUGGGCUGUUUGACGGGUCCAAGAAGAAGAGCGGAGAGACAGAGCGCUGGGGGAAGAUUGCACAUGCUCAGGCAAGGGCUUUGGCAGCCGUUGUUAAGACUGUGCCGUAGAAUGAUGGCGAGAAUGUUUAUGGCGGAAGUAAGGAUUUAUGAAGCAUCGUGGACCACAACUUAAUGGUAUUCUGUUGUUCGUGGAAUCAUGUCACGGAAGGAGGACAUCGACAAGGGGAAAUCUAUCAUGAAAGCGAUGUAGAGGGGGUUCUCCGGGUAACUCGCGGCUGUGGUCAACCAAGGUCCGCUGAUACUUAGUUGUCGAGACCAUGACAGACAAGUGAUUGACCACAGUUUUAAAUAUCUCCAGCCUUUGGC